GUCACUGCCACCAAUCCCACAUUCUUUGCUUUUUUCGUCUGUCAUUUGAGGUGAUGAUUGGGCUCAAGUCUACACUUAAUGUAAUCGACAACUCCGGCGCACUACUCAUCGAGUGCGUCAAUGUCCUCAAACAGAAGGUCAAUAACGGCUGGGGCUCUGUCGGUGAUGAAAUAGUCUGCGUCGUCAAACGCGCGCGCCCAGUAUCGGCGGCGACUCAGGCAUCUACGACUGCGAUCAAAGUCCGACGUGGAGAUGUUCGUCGAGCAGUCAUCGUGCGAACCAAGAAGUCAGUUCGAAGACCAGACGGGCGUUUCAUCAGGUUUGAUGAUAAUGCGGCAGUCCUUUUGAAUAACAAGAGAGAGAUGCUGGGGACGCGUAUUGGUGGCGUCGUGAGUGCUGACUUGCGCAUGAAAGGCUGGGGGAAGAUUGUCAGUUUAGCACCCAAGGUUGUUUGAUAGAUGUAUAUUAGAUACUUGCCUUAAAAAACCUACUAUUAAAGCCUUUCACGGUUCCAGUGCGUCCCAUGACCACGUGUGACGAUAUCCGUAGAACUUGAGCCGUGUUUCUAGAAUACUCCGCUGCAAAAUGGCAUGUGCACAAUUGUUUGACAGGUGUUCUACAGGUGUUCUAGCUAAGUAGUGACAUUUCGUG